AUGAUCCCUUCGUCAUCAGACAACACAUAUGAAAUAGAUUUCAUGAAAGAAAUUCAGAAAGGGCCUCAAAUAAUUCAGAUUGAAAAUAUUUAUUCCAAAGUUGUAGUAUCAUAUGUUGCAUACGAUUCGGUUAUUGCAAUUAUUGGUAAUAAACUUCUCUUCCAAUGUAAAAGAAAUGAUUUAACACAACAUUUUUAUUUGAUCCCAUCAAUUAACUCUAAUAUUGAGAUAUAUACGGCCGAAAAUUCAAAUAUUUCAAUAUACAAUAAGUUCCCAUCAAUAAUUUUUUAUCAAUUAUCCGUCAAUAUUUAUCUUGAAAAAUUUUGCAAAGUUAAUUUCCUUAAAGCCCAAUGGUUACUCAACCGAACAAUUUUUACAAUCAACCAGUUCUAUCCUGCUGAAUAUACAUUUUAUUGCAAUAUUGUCCCUAUCAGAUUGAUUCAAUUAGAAAAAGCUGAUUCAAUCUUCAAAAUUGGUACAGAUUCUAUCAAUUUUUAUGGUGCCAUCACUAUUUCUUCCUCAAUUACAAUAGUUCCACUUCAAAAUAAAUUUAACCACCUUGAAUUUAAUAUUGUCCAGGCAAAAUCGCGUGGUAUCAUAUUUAAUGCAAAUGGCUAUGAUUUAGAAAUCAGUUUCCUUAACAUUAUAUCAGGAAAUAUCGAUUUUCUGAAAUCAAAUCUAAAAAUUGGGAGAGUUUCAUUUUAUGAUGGGACAUUUCUCAAAGGAAAUAGUUUAGAAGUAUCCGAUGUAAGUAUAUAUUCAGGUGUUUAUGAGAUUAACGUUCCUUUUAUUCAAAUGAAUAAUUCAGUAUCAAUAAAUAGGUUCAGCGUCAAAUACAACACAGAAGAAAUUGCAUACAAUAGAUGGAAAAUCAUCAGAUCAGGCCAACAACCAGUAUUCGAUCUAUUGAAACUUAUAUUUUUGGAUACAAAAGUUAUUAUUCCUUUAGAUUGGUAUUUUGACAACGAAACAUUAAUUACUCAGAUCAAUUUCCAGAGAAUCAAUAAACAAAUAUUGGAUAAAUUAUAUGUUACAGAAAAAGAUACUUAUUUUGCAGAUGCAUACAUAACAGAUUUGAGUUCAAUUGAUGAAGUUUUUAAUAAAAUUACAGAAACAGAUAACAAAUUUGAAAUUUUCAUUUUAGAUGAAUACGAAGAACCAAUUAAUAUAAAGAAUAUGUCUUCAGUUAGAACUCAUUUGGCUAUCAUUUCUCAAUCAAGGAAAAACAAAGUAAAUAUUAUUGACCAAGGAUCUUUUAAAUCUCUUGAUUUCAAAAAUUUGACAUUAAUUAACACAAGAAAUGAAAUUGAUUCAAUAAGUAUUGAAUUAACAGAUUGUUAUUUACCUGUUGGAGUUCUAAUAGAUUGCAACAGAAUCAGAACUUCUACAUCUAUAAUUGAAACAAAAGAAAUAAUUACAAAAGAAUUUACAGUUUUAUUUGGUCAUCCAUUUGUUUUGAAUGAAACUGGUUUCUUUUCAAGUGAUUCAGUUAUUUAUUCACAAAACCAAAAUAGAGUAGUAUAUACAAUUAUCACAUUUGGUGAUGCGAAAAUAGAAACUACUAAUUUUCCGAUGUUUGUUAGUACAGGAAAAACAACUAGCCUUAGUUCAGAUCUUCAAAUCAAUAAGAUUCAUUUCAUAGAUUAUGCCAAUCUAGAUCUUAAAUAUUUUCCAUUGGUUGCGAGAUUUAAUACAAGGAAUAUUAAUAUAUCAAAAAAUACAAAAUUCGAUGAAAAUUCAGUUAUUGAAUUUGUGACAAAUACGACUUUUUAUCCGAACAGAAACAAUGAAAUCAAAAUAAAGAGAGUUAGUUUUAUGAUGUCAGGAACAAUUAUGAAUCAAAACCAUUACUUAAGACCACAUAUUUUGAAUAUUUCAUCAACAAUUACUAAUAUAAAUGAAACAAUUCCACCAAGUAUGAAAAGUGACAUUUUGUCAAUUUCUCCAACUUGCUAUUUCAUGCUUGAUAAAGUCAGCGAAGUAGAAUUCAUUGAUAUACAUUAUACAAUAACUCAAGCCGGAUAUUUAAUUGUAAAGAAUUUCAUUUCAAAGAAUUUCAUUCAUACUACAAAGAAUGAUAAUUUAAGAAGUGAAGUGAACUCAAAAAGUGACAAAACUAAAAAUAAUUCGAACAAAGACACAAUAAAUAUUAAUAUUUCUAAAGUUGAAUAUAUUGAAAAUGCGAAGAAAGCAAAGUGUCCCGGUGGUUUGCAUGUUAGAUUUUAUAAUGAUGAUAUUGAAGAUCAAUUUUUCUAUGAUGGUGAUUGGGACGAUUUCAACAUCGAUUUUAUUUGUUUUGACUCGUUUGAAGUUAAUGAAUCAUGUUUAAGUUACGAAUUCCUCAGUCAUCACUGGGAUUUCAAUGGCAGUACUCGAACGUUUGAUAUGUCUAUUUCUAAAAAGAAUUCACAAACAUGUAUUUCAUUGGUUCAUCGCGAUUAUGAAGAAAGCCAUGAAGAAAAGAAGGAAAAGAACAAAACUCCACUUAUUGUCGGUCUUAGUAUAGCAGCUCUUAUUUUGGUAAUUGCUGUUAUAUUGCUUGCUAUUGCUAUGGUAAAGAUUUCUAGAAGGAGAUUAAACUCUUUCACCUAUUCAGACACACUGACUGAAUCAUUAAUUUAA